CGAGUAUUGAUCUGUUAGUUAUGUCAUAAAUUCUAGAUAAAAGCAAGAGUUCCAACUAAUCGAAUUCCAGCGGCUAAAAAGAUAAGCUUCAAAAAAAUCCCAUUGGGGGGUUUGUGGCAGCUGGAGCCUGUCCUCGGCUGGGUAUUGUUCAGCGAAGGAGGCUAAAGCAAUUGGAAUUAGGGACACUCUAAGUUGGCUUAAGGAGGGAGGUUGGGACUUUCUUGAUAUAGAAUAAGAUGGCUAUUGAAAAGGAGGGUGUUUCUUCUCCGUUGGGGCUUAUUGUUGAUGAUAUAAGAGAUCCGAUGAAAGAAUUGAGGAGUACUUUGUAAUUUUGUCCAACGAUCUGUGAAAUGUGUCGCUCACGAGCCUGCUGGAGUGGCAUUUUCUUUUUCUGAUAGCCAUAGUUAGUUUAGUUAUCAGCCCAGUUGAUGUUUUGUUUGUAAAAAAUGUUUUCAGUUUCACAAAUAGUAUUAUGCAUUAUUUGUUUUUAAUACUAGCACGUCAAAGGGAAAACGAAUAAUUUUUUCAUCAUUAUUAUCUGUAAUUAUGAAACUGAUACACGUCGUUUUGGUCGUGUGUACCAGAGGGGCAUAAAAGGGGCCUAGUUAAUUCAUUGUCCACAAGCUUUCCUAAUUAUUUCCCUUUAGUUAUUCUAGUUGUUUCCUUUUAUUCUGCUUUCCUUAUCAUAGUUGUUUCCAUUUAGUUAGUCUUCCUUAUUUUAGCCAGUCUCUUAUUAAUGAGUAUGUAAUAGUUUAUACUAUCGUAUAUGUUUCCUAAUAUUAUUUAGGAACCUUAAUCUCUUGAUUUACUGGUGGAGCCAGGAAUCACUUUCCUUGCCUAGGGCAGGAAGUUGGGUUUUUUUUUUCCAACAUCAUAGCUUCAGAUCCCGUCUUUGAUUAUCAACGGCUUUGGACGAGAUCAUGUACCAGGGGCCUCAAGCCCUCAACAGAGACUUGAUAAAAUAAUGCUUUGAAGUAAGCAAAUUGACCACGACUUUGACUGUUACAAUGCGCAACAGAAAGAAGGAAAGGGGCAGGCAGAGUAACUAAUACACUUUGCCAGUUUGCCAUGUAAAAAGAGAAAACUAAUAAGCCUUGGCAAAAAGAGGAUAUAGCCCCCAAAUGAAAAAAAAAUGCGGAAAGAGGAGAACAAAUAUCUUUUUGGUACUCGAACUUCUUCCCUCUUCUUUUUCUUUUUCUUGAAAUUCUCAUAUUCCAAAUCCUUGAUAAGGAAGUGAAAGAGUUGGUUUGGCUGAAGUUGUUUUCCAAAUUCUUUUUCAGUUUUAACUGGUCAGACACUGUCUCAUUCUGGGGAGAGGAAAGGAAAGAGAGGGCCUUUGGAAGUGACACCUCGCCUAUCUCGAUCACAUUUACAUACUAUUUGCUUGAUUCUGUUUGCAAAUUUCAAUUGCUCCAUACCUGUCUAGUCUAAAUCAGAAAAGUUUAGAAUUUCAGCAACUGUCAGUGGAUCAAGAAUGUAUUCUUCCUAAGAAUGCUGCAUUAUUUAUUACUAGUAAAGAAGUGAUCUUUACUAAUCCAAAGCUGCAUUAUUUAUGCAUUCUUUAUUCCCGGUACCGAAUUUCAAUGCUGCAAUUUUGAACCAAAGCUGGGAGAUGAUCCUUCAUACAUAAUCUAUAGAGAAGUGAUCUUUUCUGCUGGAGAAUCCAUGAGAAUGGCGUCGUCUGAGAUCAAUUUAGUGAUGACAGCGAUCGGGUUUGCACUUAGUUCCAUGUUCAUAGUAUAUGUCUGCGCCAGGCUUAUCUGUGCUAGGAUUCUUCAAUACUACAAUCCCUCUGAUCAUAUCAUUAUAAGGCGCGGCUGUAAUGGUCUUGAUCCUUUAGUCAUAAGCAGCUUUCCUGUGAAGAAAUACAGUGAUGCUUUUUUUGCCUCCAUUCAAGAUGCUCAAUGCACAAUUUGCUUAGCGGAUUACCAAAGAGAAGACAGCUUACGCAUAUUGUCACCUUGUGCACAUUACUUCCACCCAGAAUGUAUUGACAUAUGGCUGCAAAACAACUCCACAUGCCCAGUUUGCCGCAUUUCCCUGCAAUCUCUUCCCCAGAAAAAGCAUUUCAUGGAACCAUUGUUCAGCUCAGCUGCCGGGUCACAACGCCAUUUUUGCUCCAUUUUCGCCUCUUCAAGAACACACAGAAGCCCAAUAAUGGACCCUCCAGUGACUGACCAUGGAGGUUUGUCAUCAGUGUGAGAGUAGGUACUAGCUUAGGUGGGAUACAUGCAUUAGAUUAGCCAGAGCUAGGAGCAAUGGUUCUAGCUGAACGUACGUAUUCAUAUCUCCCUAAGGUGGGUAAAAUGCAUAAAUCGUACCUAAACCGUUGGUAUUUUGAUUGCAUUUUGAAAUUUUAUAUAUUAGUUUAACUCUUGAAUGAAACAAAUCAAUAUCACAAUUAUACAUAAGCGUUUUGACCGGCAAUAUUAUUCGAAAUAUAAUCCCGUGUGACGACGGGAAAUCGAGGCGUAAAGUCGAC